AAACCAAGAAAACUCUUUUUGUUUCAAUGGCUAUGAAUUCAUCAUCAGGUAACAGUCUACUUCACCUUAAUGAAGUGACUGUAGCCAUGGUUCCAUGGCCUGAACAUGGCCAUCUCAACUUACUCUUCUAUCUCGCUCGAAUCAUCGCCUCCCACAACAUUCCUGUACACUUCCUCUGCCUCAGUGCUAGGAACCAAGAUUUAAGAAAACGCCUCCAAGGUGGACUUAAAGCCUCUGUUGAAAACCUAAGAGAUUCAAACAUCCAUUUCAAUGACCUCUUAGUACAUUCAUCUCCUACAGAAAAAAAAGAUGAUUUCUUGGAAAGACUAGGUGAGUCCAUUUGCAGGACAUGUCAUGAACUAUCGACCAAUACGAAAAGAUUGGUCAUAAUUCAUGACUGUUUGAUGAUAACUUACAUAGGUAAUCAUUUGCAUUUGAUGUCCAACUUCAAGUGUUAUGCUUUCCACCCCACUUCAGCUUUCACCAGGUACUCUACACUUCGACAAACUAUUCAUAUAGUUGAUCAAGAUCACGACGAAACGAUUAAGCAACUUGGAGAUGAGUUUCCAACUGCAGAGAGUACUUUCGGUCCAAAUAUGGCUGAGUAUGUUGAGGAGGAACUUACAUGGAAGCACAACUCUGGAGAUAUCAUUAACUCCUGCAGAGAAUUGGAAGGUAAGUUUAUAGAUUCACUUGCUAAGGUAAAAGAGAAUACACCUUUGUGGGCUUUUGGACCAUUUAACAUGCUGCCUGAAUCACUAGACUCAUUUUCUAAUUCUUCAUCUGGCAACAAAAGUACUCGUCACAACUGUCUCAAAUUUCUUGACAAGCAAGAUGUAAACUCAGUAAUAUUCGUGUCGUUUGGAACAACCACUACAUUAUCACAAGAGCAAGUGAAGGAGUUAGCACUUGGUUUGGAACAAAGCAACCAUAAGUUCAUAUGGGUAAUAAGGGAAGCAGACAAAAGGGUGGACAUGGAGAAUGGUGAAGAAAGACAUGAGAAGAUUGUGUUGCCAGAAGGGUUUGAAGAAAGAGUGGAAGGAAGAGGAAUGGUGGUGAGAAGUUGGGCGCCACAGUUGGAAAUCUUGGGGCAUCCGUCUACAGGCGGUUUUCUGAGCCAUUGUGGAUGGAAUUCUUCAAUGGAAAGUAUAAGUAUGGGAGUCCCAAUGGCAGCUAUGCCUAUGACUGUUGAUCAGCCAUAUCACACUCUGUUGGUAUCAAACGUUUGGAAGAUCGGAGUCUCUGUGUGGAGUUGGGCACGUCGGAAGGAAAUAGUACCAGCAGUGGCUAUUGAGAAAGCUGUCAAAACUUUGAUGGGGACACCAGAAGGAGAAGAGAUGAGGCAGAGGGUGGUGGAGUUGAGAGAUAAUAUCAAGAAGUCUGUUAGCCAUGGAGGACUUGCAUACAAGGAGAUGGAAUCUUUCAUCUCUUAUAUUAUCAAGAACUAACUUCUAUUGCUCAGUUUGACCUAUGUUGGAUUUGGCUUGUAUGAAUUUUCAUACUUGAUAAAGUUUUACUUUAGUGUUGGAAUAAGACUUUUGCUAAAUCUUCUGAUUCUCGUAAUCAAAUUUUAAGAGCCGAGUCACUCCUUCUAGAUCGAAGAAGGUGAUGUUUUCUUUUGACAUCUUGCUUUAAUGUAUGCAUGUUGGAACUGACAAAGGAAGAAUUUCCAGAAGUUAUUAUUAUUA